CAAAAACUUUCAUAGCAGACGGUGGCACCGUGCAUGGCUUCGGCGUGCAAUGGCUAUCACUUCUCUUCCUAGGUUCAGUUCUAUAACUGUUCGACUCUUAGGAAAUAAAAAACUUUUUUUGUGCAUUUCACCAUCGACUCGGUGGAUUCAUUUAUCCCCUUCAAUAUUCAUGAAAGUUAACAUUUUGCUCACACACAACUGGAAAUGGCAUCGGCUAUUAGGCAGGGCAUCCAGACAGUCCGUUGCGAAGUUGAAAGAAUUUUCUACAUAUUCUCCAUUACAGCAAACCCCUGUAGUUUCUGUUCCUGGUGCAUUCACACUUCCUGACAUAGACCCUUUUAAGCUUGCAGAGCCCGAUCUCGUUAGUUUGUAUUCGGAUAUUAGGAAGGAAUUGUGGACUAAAAGUCCGCAUUUAGAACAGAUAUCUAGUUACUAUUUCGAUGGCCACGGCAAAGCUUUCCGUCCUGUUAUGGUUGUGCUUAUGGCUAGAGCUUUAAACUAUCACAUUUUUGAAUCUAACAGGCUUUUAGACACUCAACAUCGUAUGGCUAUUAUAGCUGAAAUGAUUCAUACCGCAAGCUUAGUUCAUGAUGACGUCAUCGAUACCUCUGACACUCGUAGGGGGAAAUCUAGUGUAAACAUUUUAUGGGGCCAAAAGAAAGCAAUAUUAGCUGGUGAUUUUAUAUUAGCUCAAGCUGCAAGAAUACUUGCUCAGCUCGAAAAUGAAGAUGUGGUACAUCUUCUAGCACAAGUACUUUUAGACUUAGUUCAAGGAGAGUUUAUGCAAAUGGGUGCAAUGGAAGAUGAAACAGAAAGAUUCUCUCACUAUCUGCAAAAAACUUUCAAAAAAACUGCAAGCUUGACUGCCUACACAUGCAAAGCAGCAGCAGUUCUUGGAGGUGCUGAUAAAACAUUACAAGAAACUGCCUUCCAGUACGGUAGAAAUGUAGGCAUAGCUUUUCAAUUAAUAGAUGAUUUAUUAGAUUUCAUCUCAAGUCAAUCAGAACUGGGUAAACCAACAGCAGCUGAUUUGAGACUUGGUCUAGCAACAGCACCAGUAUUGUUUGCAAGUCAAAAGUAUCCAGAACUGAAACCUCUCAUCCUAAGAAGGUUUUCUGACAUUGGUGAUGUGGAAAAAGCAUAUGAAGCUGUCUUAAAUAGUGAUGGAUUAACCCAUACGAAAUUAUUAGCAAGGAAGCACUGCAAUGAAGCCCUCAGCCACAUCUCCAUCCUGGCGGACUCAAUUGAGAAAAGAGCUCUGGUGUGCGUGAUUGAAAAGGUGUUAGAGCGUAGUAAAUGAGUCUACACAGAAAACGUGUUGUAAAAAUGACAAAGUAGCGCAAGGAGCUCGGCAGUGAACACCAGCUAGUGCCCUUACCUUUUACUUCAACAACAUAAACACUUCGGACGUAAUUUUUAAUGACGUGAGUGACAACUUUGGCAAAACAUAAAGCUUGAAAGGUGGAGUAUUGUGGUGGAUUUUAAGAGAAAAAAUAACAUGGUCGUCACACAAACAAGCAUUGCAAAACAGUUCUUUUAGUGUGUGUGAGAAACAGAUUUGCCCGUACAAAGUGUUCUUUUCAGAAUCAAUUCAUACAUAUGCACGUUGUGCAUUAUGAAUAGAAAUUUAAAUUUGCAUCAAAUGAUUUAGUCAGAACAAAGGAUAGUUAAGUUAUCAUCAAUUAAAAUCACUUCACUAUGGAUAAAAUUAAACUUCUUGUUUGUGACUUCAUUUUCUUAUUGAAAAUGUCUAUAAUUGUUCUAAAAAGUUGGUCUAAUUUAUAUUUUUUGAUUACUUUUGAAAACCCUAUUUUUAUAACAGAUAAAUAACAAAACAUUAAGGUUUUUACUGACAACCUAUUAAAAUGUCUAUCAUUAAAGCUUCUGAGUCUGAGUCAUACAUGUUGAACUUCAUUUUUAAAGAAAAAUUUGGGGAUAGAGAAUCUUUGCAGGAUUAGAUGUCAUUUACCACGUGAUGAAUAUGUGUACAUCACCGUAUGUUAUGUUCACGAAGGAUCCACAUGUAUGAAAAUUUGUCAUUUGAGAAAACAUCAAAACAUAAUGAUACAAAAUACUGCUUCAUUUAUUACUUUUUGUGUUCUAUGCGAGAAUUUUUUUCAUUUGCCCCAUGAAAAUAUCAAAAUGCUUUGCACACAUACAGAGAAAUUAUCAUAAAAAUAUGAUAAAAUUAUGAAGAACUCUUCUAGUAUAUUUUUUAAAUGAAGCAUGAAUGAUUUUGUUGUAAAUAUUGAAAAUCAAUUAUUAUACAUGUUAUUUAUUAUCAUCAGAUUUUUCUUGCAUUAAAAUCAACCAUGUAACUUGCUUUUCCAAGAAAAUGUUGUACUUUACGCUGAACACACAUUACUCUAAUUCAUUCAUUUUUAAAAAAUAACCUAGGGUGUAUUUUAAUCACUUUAUGCUAUCAUUAAAUGUACUGUUGUUUAAUUUUCAGAUUUACAAUUAGUUUUCUUGUUUGUCUUCAGCCAAAGGAAGAUCAAAUUAUCUAACACAUUAAUUAACUUUUGAUCACGAUUGUCAUGUUAGAUAUUAAAUUUUAUUCAUUGAUUAUUGAUUUUAUAACACAUCUAUGAGCAAAAAUAACGAGAUCAUACAAGGUUGGUAAUAUCUUGCAAGGUUAGAAGUUACUGAAAUAGCUGUAGCAGCCAUUAAUAUUCAUAUAAUAAUUAUCUUAUCACAUCCUGCGAUUAUAUUUAAGGAAUUUAAAAGAAAUUUAUUUAUCAAUAGAAGUUUAUUCUUCUGUUUCCCAAGAACUUUCAAUAAAAUUAAGAAAGAUGACUUAAUACCCAUCUAAUAUACUUUAUAACUUUUUUUUUUUUGAAAAAUAAUUCAGAUUUGAUUAUGGAAAUUUUAUUAGCAAUUUUUCAAGUUUUCGUUUUUUUAGUACAAAAUCAAAAUUAUAUAUACAAACAGUUGAAGUUGAACGUUACGAUGUUUUUCAUUCAUUAUUUUCCUUGAGCAUAAUAUUUAUUUAUUUAUUUUUUUUAAUUAAAAGAAAAUACUUAAAAAACCAGGAAGUUAUUAGUAAUAUAGUUCUGGAGAUUUUUUUUUUUUUCAAAUUAGAAAGUAUUUUUAAUGUUAUUGAAAGUUUCUACUCGACUGUAAUGAGCUAUUUGGAAUUUUCAAGUAGCCUAAAAUCAAAUCCCCCCCCCCCAUAUAGACCCCAUUCUUUGUAUUAUUUUCUUUCCCACUCUUGCUUUGAAUCUUCUGCAUUUUCAGAUUUCUCUUACAUUAUAUUAGUACUUGAAAACUUCAAUGUCAAAUCAGAAAAACUUCGUGAUAUUUAAGUAAGAUCAAGAAUGCUGCUGUCCCUGGUAAAAAUUGAAAGGAAAAGCAGAUUAGUAAAAAAAAAUUUUUUUGCUAAUUUCUUUUCAUACAGUUUCUUUUAUAUGACUACCUCAUUUCCAAUGAUUCAAUGUUGCAAACAAUGUAGUUCUAUAAUAAGUUUUAAAAGAUAAGUAUUGAAGAAAUGAAGAUUUAAUAGCAUUUCAAGUAGGAACUUUUACAAAGGAACUUAUGGUUAUGAAGGUUUUACGAAGACCAUCAAAUUUUGGUGAUAAUAUUUCAAUGUAUUAACCCUGAGGGAGGUUCCAUCCGUAUAGCCACUCUAGUACUAUUGGUCAUGUUUGGUCAGCACAUAGUGUUUUUAUAUAUGAAAGUUUUGUUUGGAUGGCCAAAAUAUGUUGGCUAGAUGGAACGAUGUUUCUCUAUACAGUUUCUAAGAAACAAGUUGCCAAGCGCCUAAAAUUUUUCACAACUAAAAGUCUCCUUACCUACAAAUUUACACAAAAACUGACACCGUUACGGGGGUGGAUGACUUUAAGGCAGCGUAUUUAUUGUUUCAAGUGUUGAUGCUUUAUCUCUAUGUGGUUGUGAACACCAUCACAAAAAAAAACUAUUUUUUUAGAAUAUUGUAAUAAAUUUGUUGAAAGUGUAAAUAUUAAACAUGGAACAUAUACUUUUUUAAUGUAUAAUAUGUACAAAUUGUAGAAACUAACACAAGCAUACUGUUGUUGUUUUCAAAUGAUUAUAGACUACUCGUUCCCAUUAACUUAUGGAAUAAAUAAAUGGCUUUCUUCUAUUCAUGGCCAUGAGUUUUAUAAUUUCUGUGUAAAUACUUGCAAAGAAAUAAAUUUUAAUUAAAAAAA